CCGCUCUAUAGACAAGUAGUGACCGGAAGUGUGUAGUUUGCAAGAAGCACGUGUCCACGAUGAGAUUCGGCAACGUUUAUCUAUUCCCUCUAUUAUUUAUAGGACACAUCACGGCUCUACAAUGGCUAGCUUUAGCAAAAUCAAAUUUAACCUGGAACAAAACAAUCCAUUGCGUUCAAGGAAGGAAAUUGUUCGGAUUAAGAGGUCGACAAAUAAAAAUCUGCCAGCGUCAACUAGAAACAAUGGAACAUUUAGUGAACGCUGCCAGAUCUACUAUGACUGUGUGUCAGUCGACUUUUUCGGACCGGAGAUGGAACUGUUCGUCUGUUACGAAGGCUCCGGAAUUUCCUCCCGAUCUAACGAGAGGUAAAAUUAAAAAAAAAAAAGAUCAAAUUAAACCUGUUAAAUUCCUUCAUGAAAUUCAAUUUUUUGUUUUCGUUCUAGGUACUCGCGAGCAAGCGUUUCUACACGCAUUAUCCUCCGCUUCCGUCGUUCACGUAACUGCAAGAGGUUGCAGUGAUGGGACUUUACUAUCUUGCGGUUGUGGUCAAGUGCCUCACGAACCACCUCUCGGGGAUUUUAAAUGGGGUGGAUGUUCAGAUAAUACAAAAUUUGGACUAAGAUUUGCGAAAGAUUUCGUCGACGCCCCUUGGAACAUGAGAUCAUCUAAGAAAACUAUACUUAGCGAAGUUAAUAAGCAUAACCAUAAAGCUGGAAGAAGGGCGGUAGGAGAUAAUUUACGGGAUCAAUGCAAGUGUCACGGAGUUUCUGGUUCCUGCAGCAUCAAAACCUGUUGGAAAGCGUUGCCGAGUUUUAUAGAUGUUGCCGAAAGAUUAAAGAGAAAAUAUCACGUUGCCUAUGAAGUUACGUCGAGUCUGGUUGGCACUAGACGGAAGCUCGUACCCACUAAUAAGCAACUGGGAAUGUUUCGUGCCGAUGAUCUGAUCUAUAUUACAAAAUCUCCAGAUUAUUGCCUUCCAGAUCAUAAACUAGGUUCUUAUGGAACUAGAGGAAGACUGUGCAAUGCUACAUCUGAAGGAACAGACAACUGUGAUUCUAUGUGCUGUGGCAGGGGUUACAUGAGUUAUAGAUUACAAAAAUCAGAACAUUGUCAGUGCAAGUAUUAUUAUUGCUGUUAUGUCAAGUGCAAAACGUGUUGGACAUGGGUAGAAAACCAAGUAUGUAUAUGAAAAUAUUUUCUAUAAAACCUAACACCUAGCUACGGAAAUCUAUCAAUUUUGACAAUUUACAUUGCAGUAAUGUGAUCAGACUGCAUGAAUUCUGUUCUGAUUUCAUCAAGUGUUCUUUGUAAAUUUUGUGCACUAAUUUAUUUAAAAGAUGUUUGAGACAAUUCAGAUGCUACAUCUGAAAUUUUGUAUAUAUUUAUAUUUUAUACAUCUUUCAAAGUAGAUAUGAUCAAGUAAGUGACAAUUUAUGAAUUAAUAGAACUUUUGCAUUUCUUUGUUUCAAAAAUUUAAAAAUAAGACUUGAAAGUUGAUAUCAGUGUAGAUGUAUAUAAUACAAAUCUGAUAGUUACGUUCCAUAUCAACAGUUCCUAUUGGCAUGUAAAAUAUUUAAGAACUAGUCAAUAAUGUUUUUCCUUUUCCAACUGUGAUGAAUGUUUUGCGUUAUCGACAAUUCGGUAAGAAAAUUAUAUACUGGAAAAUAAUAGUCUUCAUAAUAUAACUGUAUAUAAUUAAAUACUCAAAAAUAUUUUGUGCCAUUAAACAUGUACAUAGUUUAUUUCAGACAAGUAGAGUUUAAUUAUCCAAGUAAUUAGUAGUAAUUUUUAAAUGUGGUGUAUUUUGCUGUAUGUUAAGCUAUUUAUAAAUUGUGAAUGUCAAAAUCUGUAAUGUAGUUUUUAAAGUUUUUGUUGCCUUUAAGAGGGAAUUAUUCAUUCUAUGUUGUUUGCCUUCCCUCCAUGAAAUUAAAUUUAGAACGGUGAAGGUUUCGAUACUUAAAAAACAAAAAAUAUUGUUAUGCAAAAAUGUUGCAUAAUCAUCAUAAUUUCUCAAAAUUUAAGUAAAUAUAAUUUUCUUAUAUUUAAUAUUAAGAAGAAAAAAACAGAAAAAUCUCUCAAGGAUUAAAUUAUUUCAAAAAAAUUUCACAACUUAACCAGCAAAUUGCAUCAUCAAAUUCUCGGUUUCAAAAUAUGUAGUUUUUGUAAUGAAAUGCCAAUUUUGAGAGAUUAAUUCAAAAUAUUUUUUUAGUUCAAUUGUAAUUUUUUUUACUCCAUUGUGAAUCUCGAAUUAUUCUCUCAAAAUCGGUUUAUUGUGUCAUCCAAAAAAUUUAGCAAAUAAUAAAAAUACAUUCCCUCCUUUCUAGAAUCCAAAUUAUUGUGAAUAACAAUAAAAAUGUAAGAAUGUAAGUCUUAUAAAGUACUAUUACUAUUUAUUAUAGAACAAUGGAGUGUUUUUUUCCUACAAUAAUUACACAUACCAAUAACUAAUAUUUGCCUAGGGUUUUCUUUCAAUCUUA